AUGAAAUAUCUUAUCCUCCUUCCCUCACUUCUGGCAUCUCUCACUGCCGCCCAUUUCACCAUCAAUUACCCUCCCUCCCGCAGCACCGAUGCAAAGACCCAGUCCGAAUUUCCCUGUGGGGGAUUCUCGAGGCCCUCCAUCCGCACUAAAAUCUCUCUACACUCACCCAGUUUCCCCAUUUCAGUGGAUAUGGGCCAUGACCAAACAGCCAUUCGGUUCCUCCUUGCCGUAGGCUCGGCCCCAGGCACGAACUACAACAUUACGCUCAGCAAGACCUUCAGGGUGGAAGGAUUAGGUGAAUUCUGUGUACCUGAUGUGGUUCUCUCCGAGGACAUACUCGGAACAAAGCUCGAGGACGAGUUGAACAUGACGUUGCAAGUACAGGCAAAUGGGCAUCCUGACGGGGGCUUGUAUGCUUGUGCCGACCUCCAACUCACUACAGAACCCGUCUCCGGUCCAUCCAAGUCCACAUUCAAAAAUAACACUGGUGUUGUCGCUGUCCCUUUCACUGGCGCGGCUGCAGACCGAAACGCCAACGUCUCGACUCCGGAAGUAUGGCCGCAGGGUGGUGAGGACACCAAAAAUAAGGGUGAAUCGCAUGCUCCUUUUUUGACAGGCGGGUCGGCGUUGCAAGCGGCUUCUUGGGGCGUUUUGGGCGUUUCGGCCCUCGGAUCACUGGCCAUUUGGUAA